UUUCGCCUUUGAAUAAGGAGAAUUACUCGCACUCCUCCUCAAUUUCUGUCACUUGAUAUAAAUUUGCUUGACUAAGCACAUAACUGCCAACCUGCAUUCACUCUUUUUUACUCAUCAAACAUUAUAUACCUUGCCAAAAGUGAUCAUCAAACUGUAUUAAGAAAAUGGAUUCAUCAAGAGAUGAAAGCACACAUGGAUUGCAAAUGAGUAGAAUUCUUUCUCGAGAAUCAUCGGUAGGACAGUCUUCAAGAAUAUAUUAUUACAGAAGAAGAGGAGAAGGGGUUCCAUUUGAAUGGGAAAGGCAGCCUGGAACUCCUAAAAAUCUACCAAAAGAAGAUGUCAAUAUUCCACCACUUAGCCCUCCACCUUCAUUUCAAAACCUUCGGUUGCCUAAACCUUGUUUUCAUGAUGAUGUUGACCCUCAAGAAACGAAACGUUUGAAGGUUUGGCUUACCAAGAAGAUCAAGAAACUGCAUCCAUUAAAAAGUACUUUUGGAAAAUCUCAUCCAAGAAAUGAUCAUGUUGGUGAGUCUGAUGGAGAAUUUGUUUCGAGUUCAUUCAAGAACUCGAGUUCGUCUUCAUCUUCAUCGUCAACAGAUUCAUUUGCCUCAAACAGCAAGGAGGAUCCAUAUUGUUGUAAUCUCACAUCAAUGGAUAAAGAAAUGCACAAGAGAGGUUUCUCAGAAGAAAGUGGCAAGACGUUGUUCCUUAGCAGAAUGUCAUCAGUAGACCAAUCUUCCCAUUCAUACUAUCGAAGCAAAGAAGGAAUUCCAUUUAAAUGGGAAAUGCAGCCAGGUACCCCAAUACAUACACCAGAGAAUGAAGUCAUUCCACCUCCUAGCCCUCCACCAUUGGUACAAAGUUUGGCACUGCCUAAACCUUGCAUUCCUCAUGAUCAUCAAGAGGAAACUAAGAAGAUUUCUACUUGGGAAAGAAUCUGGCUUGGGUUAAAAAGCAAGAGAAAGAUCAAAAGUACUGAGCAAAAGCAAUUCAGUGUUAAUAAUGAACUCAGCUUUAGGCUACAAGGCAAUCGUCAUGGCGAUUCAGUUUUGUUGUCGUCUUCUUCUAUCUCGAAAAAGAAAGUGCUACCCUUCACGAAAUUUAGAAGAGAUGUGUUAGGGGGGAAAUUUUGUUUCAAUCCUGGAAAAAUUAAAGCAAAUCUUGUUGCUUCUUCUUCAAGACGCAUAUGAA